GCAUACCAUUCUGACUCGCUCGCGCGCAACAAUUGUCUCGACACACUUUCACGAGAGAAACAGCUUGCACUCGUUUGCUUUCUUUUUUAGAGAUAAAUACUUUGUGUUUUUGAGUUGAUAAUUGCAAAAUUAUUUGUUUUGUAACCUCUUAAAGAUAACCUUCCGUUCAUCUGCUUUUACUAUGCAAUGGACUUCACCAUAAACGUGAAACCUGUGAUGAGCCCGCCGUCCCGGAGAGACCACUAGCCAGCGCCGGUCGCCACUGCCCCCGAUCGCCCGCCGUCUGAGCCUCCGUCCGUGCGUGCGCCGAGCCCCGGCCGGCCCCCAGGUCCGCCGCGCUGCCUUCCGCCGAGCCGCCCGCGCCCGUCGCCAUGACGACCAACGGCAGCGGCCCGCUGACGCCGCCCGCCGAGGACCAGCCCGACCAGGACACCAUCAAAAUGUUCGUCGGCCAGAUCCCGCGGCACAUGGACGAGCCCGAGCUGCGCGCCAUGUUGGAGGAGUUCGGCGCCGUCUACCAGAUCAAUGUACUGCGGGACAAGGUGAGCGGCCAGAGCAAGGGCUGCUGCUUCGUCACCUUCUUCACGCGCAAGGCGGCGCUGGAGGCGCAGAACCAGCUGCACAACGUACGCACUCUGGCCGGCAUGCACCACCCCAUCCAGAUGAAACCGGCAGACACCGAGAAUCGCAAUGAGAGGAAGCUGUUCAUCGGCAUGGUCAGCAAACAGUGUGACGAGGCGGACGUGCGCGCCAUAUUCGCGCGGUUCGGCCCCAUCGAGGAGUGCACGGUGCUUCGCGAUCAGAACAACCACAGCAAGGGCUGCGCGUUCGUCACGUUCUCGUCUCGCCAGAACGCGAUCGGCGCCAUCAAGGCGAUGCACCAGUCGCAGACGAUGGACGGCUGCUCGGCGCCCAUGGUAGUCAAGUUCGCCGACACACAGAAGGACAAGGAUACGCGCCGAAUCCAGAGCGUGGCGUCGACGCUGUGGGGCUCCGGGCUGGCGGGCCCGUUCAGUCCGCAGUAUCUGACACUGCUGCAGCAGCUCAGCGGCGCUGGCGGACUCGGCCUGCCCGCCAUGCACGGCUUCGGCCCGGUGCACGGCGCCGGUCCGCUGCUGGGUCACGGCGUGCAAAACGGCGGCCCGGCCGUGCUGGGCGCCGCCCGGUUCAGCGCUCCGACACCAGCCAACGGCGCGCCGGCCACCAGCGAACCGCCGGCGGCGGCGGCGGCAACGGGCGCGGCGCAGAACGGUGCCGGCGCGCCGCUGCUCGUCUCCACGCCGUCGAGCAGCGCGUCGAUGCCGACUCUGACGACACUGGCGGUGCAGAACGGCUGCCUGAGCCAGUCGUCGGCCAGCUCGUCGCUGUCGGGCGCGUCGCCCGUCUCCUCGAUGCCGUCAGCGCCCACCAUGGAGAUGCUGACGGCGUUCUCCAGCCUGCAGCCUUUCGGCGGCCUCACCGCCGCCGCGUUCGCGCAGGCGCACAUGGUCGCCAACAACAAUCCGGCCGGCAAGCGGAUCGAGGGGCCCGAGGGCUGCAACCUGUUCAUCUACCACCUGCCGCAGGAGAUGACGGACGCCGACCUGGCGCACGCCUUCAUGCCGUUCGGUAACGUCAUCUCAGCCAAGGUGUUCAUCGACAAGCAGACCAACCUGUCGAAAUGCUUCGGUUUCGUGUCUUACGACAACCCGACCAGCGCUCAGACGGCCAUUCAGGCCAUGAAUUGCUUCCAGAUCGGCACCAAGCGGCUCAAGGUGCAGCUGAAACGCUCCAAGGAGGCGCCCAAGCCCUAUUGAGGCCGGCGCGCGCGGCUAGUGGUGCAGUUGUAGGCUUUACACCGGUGCGCGGGGCGCCGUACCGUCUCAAAGGCAGCAGCCGUCCAGUGGGUAAAUUAUUGACAUGGUGCGUUUCGCGCUCUUUUUGUACCAGGUGUACUCGCGUGUGAGAAACGAGUGGGAGCGAAACAGAUUGUGCAGCUAUUUGAUUUAUUUAAAAGAAUAAUAGUCCGGAUUAUCACGUAGUUGCAAUACUUGUUACAAAUUGGUGGCAAAUCUAUUGUUAUUUAUAGAGCGUGUGCACUUGUUGAACCAGGGAUAAAGCGUUGUGGCUUUUAAGUUAUAACAAACCUGGCUUUGUUUGUACUUUUAGUUAAGUUUUAUUUUAUCGCGUGAUAGAGACGAGAUUUCUCGGCUGGCACGAAAGUUGUUUGCACCGACUCAGAGCCAUGCUUUCGAAGACUCCGUUCACCGACGACCAGAAUGUGAGAUUAUUUUACCGAGAAGGCGAGUGGGCGAUGGAGGGUUGGUGCCGCAGACUGAGCCGCCGCGGCGCUCCCCCCAGAGGCGACGUACAAACGUGGCAGUUACCCUGAUCCGUACAACGAACGGGGCGGCCGCAGCCCGGCCAGAGCCCGCGCAACUGGCAGCUACCGAAAUCCCAAUGUGAUGGCGCGUCUGGUCGGCCCGAGCCUCCGUGCGCCUGUGUCCCGUGUGAGUGGCGGCGGCCGGGCGCCGCCCGCCGCCGACCCUUGUUGUUUUCAGCCGUUUGUGUAGUCUAGUGUAACGUUUUAUUCGUGGUGUAGGUGAUGCUAAGCUGGCUGUGACGCCGGGCGUCUCUGUCGGGCAGACAGCAGUGCAGGGCGACCGGCGUCACGGCUCCAGCCAAAUUGCGAGUCGGUCGCUUGUCUUCGUGAAACGGUGCUCGGGAGGAAAAUCAGCAAGAACGUCCGUUUGUUUAGCUGCUCAGACGAUCGCCACCGGGUCUGGCCGUGCGCGUCGGCGUCCACGAGUUUACUUUGUUGCUGAUAUGUUAGCUGAUUUGUGAUCAUGUUACUUUCUUAUCUAAAUUAAGAAGAACCGUCGAAGCGAUUUUCCUCCCUGCCCGCGAUGUGGUUUGGGGUCCCCUAUCAGUUAUCGUUAAGCUAGCCGUUAAGUAUGCUUGCUGGUUGGGCGGCGCGGCGCGGCCGGGCGGCCGCCGGUGGUUGUGUCGCCUUGCCGUGGUGGAUCAUGUCGGCUGAUCUGUCGGGAACGGGCGCGCUCGGUGCUCGCGCCCGCUCCCUGCCCGAGUGGCGGCGCGGCGCGAACGGCGGCACCGGAGCGGCGCCAACCGAAUACCCGGAGGGUAUCAUUUGUACCGAUGUUAAAUUGUAUUCUGUAUACCAUGUUAUUUGAAUAAAUAUUCUUUAAUAACCAAA